AUGGCGAUGGACACCUCCCAGUCCGAGUUCCCAUGCUCAUUAGUCAUCCAUGUCCCUCUCUUGAACCAUCGCCUCGCCUCCACCGCAAUGCGCGCCCUGCAAGUCGAUGCCGAGUUGUCCCCACUGGUUCGUCGAGAGUUCGCUUUGGUCAGUCCAGAUGUUGUCAAUGGUCAUGCAGCAAACGGCGACGAUGGAUUACAAGAUACCCACAAGACCAUUCUUCGCACCCAGUAUAACGCAACUACCAAUCGCAUGCUCCGAGUUGCCGUUAAUGGCUUCAUGGAAUCUCUGAGUGUCGUCCUGCAGGUCAUGGAGGAACUAGACGUGGACGUCCUUCAGUCAAGGUCAUGA